GGAACAGUGGCUAAUGGCUCCGCUUCUUUGAUUGUUUUUUUUAAUAUUGACUACGAUUGCCUAUUUGCUUUGGUAGAAGAUGAAGAUAAUUGACCAAUGGAUGUGGGAUUCACACUGUCAUGAUGUCGGAGCAACUCACAUACCACCUUCUCGAAAGUCUUCUGCAUAAAAUGGAAAUGGGAUUCAGCGCGACUCCACUAAAUUUGGAUUACCUGGAGUUCCUUUGUCAUCAGGAGCUGUAUCUUCUGCAAGCCCUGUCUAAUCACAUUGAAGUACCUCCUGCUAUCACCCUGGCUUUGCAAGAGCUCUUUGACCUUGUGAGGGCACAUCUGGAACGUCCAGCCCCAUGUGUCACACAGGAAGUCACUGCCACCAAUGGACGACCCAAGAUUUUGAUUGAAGAACAACGUUUGAAAGAAAUGCUCCAUACUCAACUUCCUGUGCCUUGCAUAGCCACACUGAUGGGUGUUUCAAGAAGAACAAUCUUAAGAAGAAUGAAAGAGUAUGAGCUCUGUGUUAGGGACACAUAUAAUUCCAUCAGUGAUGAGGAACUUGACAAUUUGGUUUCUUCGGUUAAGAAUGAUCUACCAAAUGCAGGCUACAGGAUGGUCAGAGGGAGGCUGCAGUCAAUGGGCUACAGGGUUCGGUGGAGAAGAGUUGCAGCCUCCAUGCAUAGGGUUGAUUCCAUGGGCAUCAUAUCAAGGUUGUCAAGUCUUGGCUGUGUUGUACGCAGAAUGUACUCUGUACCAGGGCCCUUGUCUCUGGUACACGUGGACACAAACCACAAGUUGAUCCGGUGCUGGUUCAGACGGCAUUCUGCAGCAGGGACACCACCCGUCAUGCAGCAUCCUGCAAAUCUCCCUAUCUCAACAGCCCACAUAACAGAAUAACAUUAGUGUAUGAUUCAGUAGGGCUAGUCCAGGUCUGGAAAGUAGUUGGGCCAGAUUUUCAAACCAAGAAAUUCAGCUGGGCCAGACAUUUUCAGUGGCCCAGUAAGCAGCAGGUAAUGGCAUUUUAAACAAACGCAAAUCAAGGUACAUUAUUUUAAAAAGCUACAACUGAACAGAAUCUGAGAGCAAUAUUUUUUUUUCACUUCUGAAAUAAAAAAAAUAUUUUGGUCGUAUCUGACCUAGACGCAUCUCAAAGUGCAUAAAAAGAAAAAAAAUGCCUAUGAGAUGGUAAACUGCCAGACAUAAAGAAAAAGGGAAAAAUCGGCUAUAUACUGUAGUGAUCCAUUUCACCCACACAGGCAUGAUCACC